AACACCCAUUCUCUCUCCCCCUUCCCUUUCCAUCGCCGCCCACCAUGCAGAGGUUCUCGCGGCUGGCCCGCCGUGGCCUGGCUACCGUCAGCGAUGCUCCCCUCAGCAGGAAGGUUUCCCAGAACAUCCAUGAGCAGGGCAACUACAUCAACUACGCCAAGAUGGCGGAGAACCUCUCCAUCGUCCGUAACCGCCUGAACAGGCCCCUUACGUACGCCGAGAAGAUUCUCUACUCCCAUCUCGAUGACCCGCACGGCCAGGAGAUUGAGCGUGGCACGUCAUAUCUGAAGCUGAGGCCGGAUCGUGUUGCUUGCCAGGAUGCCACCGCCCAGAUGGCUAUCCUGCAGUUCAUGUCCGCCGGCAUGCCCUCCGUGGCUACGCCCACCACCGUCCACUGCGACCACUUGAUUGAGGCCCAGGUUGGCGGCGAGAAGGAUCUUGAGCGUGCUCAGAGCAUCAACAAGGAGGUCUACGACUUCUUGUCCACCUCCUGCGCCAAGUACAACAUCGGUUUCUGGAGACCCGGCUCUGGUAUCAUUCACCAGAUCGUCCUCGAGAACUACGCUUUCCCCGGUGGUUUGAUGAUCGGCACUGACUCUCACACUCCCAACGCCGGUGGUCUUGGUAUGGCUGCUAUUGGUGUUGGUGGAGCUGACGCCGUUGAUGUCAUGGCCAACCUGCCCUGGGAACUGAAGGCUCCUAAGGUCAUUGGUGUUCGCCUCACUGGCCAGAUGUCUGGCUGGACUGCUCCUAAGGACAUCAUCCUGAAGGUCGCUGGCAUUCUCACCGUCAAGGGUGGUACCGGUGCCAUCAUUGAGUACCACGGCCCUGGUACCGAGUCUCUCUCCUGCACUGGUAUGGGUACCAUUUGCAACAUGGGUGCUGAGAUCGGUGCUACCACCUCCCUGUUCCCCUUCAACGACCGCAUGUACGACUACCUGGCGGCUACCAAGCGCAAGGACAUUGGUGACUUCUCUCGCGAGUACGCCAAGGAGCUCAAGGAGGACCAGGGUGCGGAGUACGACCAGCUCAUCGAGAUCAACCUCUCCGAGCUCGAGCCCCACAUCAACGGUCCUUUCACUCCCGACCUUGCCACCCCCAUCAGCAAGUUCAAGGAUGCCGUCAAGGAGAACAAGUGGCCCGAGGACCUCAAGGUCGGUCUCAUCGGCUCUUGCACCAACUCCUCCUACGAGGACAUGAGCCGUGCUGCCAACAUCGCCCGCGAUGCCAUGGACCACGGUAUCAAGGCCAAGUCCCUCUUCACCGUCACUCCCGGUUCCGAGCAGGUCCGCGCUACCAUCGAGCGUGAUGGUCAACUCAAGACCUUCGAGGAGUUCGGCGGUAUGGUCCUCGCCAACGCCUGCGGACCUUGCAUAGGCCAGUGGGACCGUAAGGAUGUCAAGAAGGGCGAGCCCAACUCGAUCAUCUCCUCCUACAACCGUAACUUCACCGGCCGUAACGACGCCAACCCUGCGACCCACGCUUUCGUCACCUCCCCCGACCUCGUCGUUGCUCUGACCAUCGCUGGUACCCUCAACUUCAACCCUCUCACCGACACCCUCAAGGGCGCCGAUGGCAAGGAGUUCAAGCUGAAGGAGCCCACCGGUGAGGCUCUCCCUGCCUCUGGCUUCGACCCUGGACGCAACACCUACCAGGCUCCCCCCAAGAACCGUGACAACGUCAACGUCGCCGUCUCUCCCUCUUCCGACCGUCUCCAGAUCCUCCAGCCCUUCAACGCCUGGGACGGCAAGGAUGCUCUUGACCUGCCCAUCCUCAUCAAGGCUCAGGGCAAGACCACCACCGACCACAUCUCCAUGGCCGGUCCCUGGUUGAAGUACCGUGGCCACCUUGACAACAUCUCCAACAACAUGCUUAUCGGUGCCAUCAACUCCGCCAACGGUGAGGCCAACAAGAUCAGGAACUUCACCACCGACCAGUGGGACGCCGUCCCCGCUGUUGCCCGUGACUACAAGUCCAAGGGCAUCAGGUGGGUCGUCAUCGGUGACUGGAACUACGGUGAGGGCUCUUCCCGUGAGCACGCCGCUCUCGAGCCCCGCCACCUGGGUGGUCUUGCCAUCAUCACCAGGUCUUUCGCCAGAAUUCACGAGACCAACUUGAAGAAGCAGGGUAUGCUUCCUCUGACCUUCUCCAAGCCCGAGGACUACGACAGGAUCCAGCCCGACGACAAGGUCGACCUUCUGUGCACCCAGAUCGCCGUCGGCAAGCCCAUGACCCUCCGCGUCCACCCCGCCAACGGUGACAAGACGUUCGACGUUGAGCUCUCCCACACCUUCAACGAGGGCCAGAUUGAGUGGUUCAAGAACGGUAGCGCGCUGAACACCAUGGCCAAGCAGGCCUCGUAGAGUUUUUGAGAGCAGCGAGCGGCACUUUCUCCUUAAUUGUAACUUUGUAUGUCUUGUCCUACAGGCGAUAUGGGAAUCGGAACUAUUUGCUAGUAUAUCAUGGUGGGCGGCAGAGAUGAAUGAGACUUGC